GUCACACAGCCGUAUUGGCCCUGCAGAGAAAAUGAAUUCAAAUUAGGAGCGGGAACAACUCGAAAAUCGAAGCCCUCCUCUACUUGUAUACCUCUCCAAUCUCUCUUCAUUGUUCGUGGUGACUAGAGAGAGAGAGAGAGAGAGGAAUCGUAGCAGCGAUCCUCUCUACGAGUUUGAUUAAAUCAGUUCAUUUGUGCUACAAUGGCGGACAACUACAAGCAACCUAUGAGUCUCAACGAACGCAAUCGUCGUCUUAUUCUCACCGCUUCUCAACCUCGUCCGCAUUCCAAACCCAUUGAUUCACAUCCCGAUCCUCCUGAUGAGGAAAAGCAACCUACGGUGAGGCUGGAAGGUAGACGCCGCCUCUGCAAGGCUUCGUUAAUAGAUGACUGCGAAGAUGAUGUUCCUACCUUCUCUGGGUUUUCAGAUUUUGAUUCCCCUUCUUCAGUAGGGAAGUAUUCAUUUCGAAGUUGUGAUGAUAAUUUACAAGAAGAUGAUAAUGAAGACGAUGAUGAAAACUUUAAGCGUGUCGAUUCAGAUUCUCAUUCACACGGUACUAUUUGCUUUCUAUCUCUUUUACACAUGCAAAACAAACAAACUAACACUAGAGUGCUUGAUGUGCCAAAUGUAGAAAAGAAUAAACCUUUGAAAGUAAAGCUGGAAGGAAAGAAACGUCUUUGCAAGGCCAAAUCAAGAGAUGAUAAUCACGACGUUGUCAGUACAGAAAUGGAAGCAAAUGAAAUGGAAGACUACCUUAGUCUCAGGGAUUUUGACUCGCCAGCUCCACCAAAACCGAAGUUUGAUAGAAAGGAUACGAGUUCUAAUGACAUUAGGGAUAUUCUCGGUGAUCUUAGUGCGAAGCUUGAGAUACUUUCAAUUAACAAGACACGUAUACCAAAAAUGAACAAUCAGAACGUUGGUCGUGAUGCAGGUUCAACAUCUUUUACUUCAGUUCCAUCCAAUGUACAAACAGAUUUGGAAAGUAAGUAUAGGGAGGGAGAAACAUUUGAGGCAAAUGUAGAUUCGUUCCAUAAUGCAAUUAACAAAAUAACUGAGCCCCUCCAAGUUGAAAGAAAGAACAACUUGAUGAGGGUAGAUGGGAAGUCUCUACCCAUGAACCAAUCCUUUGUUUCAAAGGAUGAGGAAGAAGAUGAUGACUGUUUAAUUAUAAGUGACAGUAAAGUGUUGAAAAAGGAGACAAAGAACAUUGAAUUACAAGAAAGUGGUCCCAGUAAGGUUGAUGUAUUGGAUUGCCCAAUUCCUGGAGAUGAACACUCCAUCACUCUGAGUAGUUCAAAUCAGACAUUUAUUUUACCUGGAAAAGUUGGAAAAAUUCUCUUUCCACAUCAGCGAGACGGAUUAAAGUGGCUCUGGUCUCUUCACUGUCAGGUUAAGGGUGGCAUCCUUGGUGAUGACAUGGGUUUAGGGAAAACAAUGCAGAUUUGUGGGUUUCUAGCUGGUUUAUUUAAUUCUUCUUUGAUAAAAAGAGCACUCAUUGUUGCUCCGAAGACAUUGUUGCCUCACUGGAUCAAGGAACUAUCAGUGGUUGGUCUUUCUCAGAAAACCAGAGAAUAUUUUGGAACAAACACCAAAGUUCGAGAUUAUGAACUCCAGUAUAUACUUCAGGACAAAGGUGUCCUCCUCACUACCUAUGAUAUUUUAAGAAAUAAUGCAAAAGCUUUAUCUGGGGGUCAUUCCUUUGAUCUUGAGGAAAGUCAGGAUGGCUCUAUAUGGGAUUAUAUGAUACUUGAUGAGGGACAUUUAAUUAAGAAUCCAAGUACACAACGGGCCAAAAGUCUGCUAGAAAUACCUGCUGGUCAUCGCAUUAUUAUCAGUGGUACUCCACUUCAGAACAAUCUUAAGGAGUUAUGGGCAUUGUUCCACUUCUGUUGUCCUCAUCUUCUGGGUGACAAGAAAUGGUUCAAAGAAAAAUAUGAAAAUCCCAUUCUACGUGGAAAUGACAAGAAUGCAUCUGAUAGAGACAAGCGAAUUGGUUCAGCUGUAGCCAAGGAGCUGAGGGAGCGAAUUCAGCCUUACUUCUUGCGUCGCUUAAAAGAUGAUGUAUUUCACAAAGAUGAUGCUGAAGACGCCCCAAAACUCUCAAAGAAAGUUGAGCUUAUUGUGUGGCUAAAAUUGACCAGUUGCCAGAGACAACUGUACGAGGCUUUCUUGAAAAGUGAAUUGGUCCUUUCCGCUUUUGAUGGGUCACCUCUUGCUGCUCUCACGAUUCUAAAAAAAAUAUGUGAUCACCCACUUCUCCUUACGAAAAGAGCUGCUGAAGAUGUGCUAGAAGGGAUAGAUUCAGCAUUAAAUCAGGAUGAUAGUAUUGUUGCUGAAAAAUUGGCAAUGCAUAUUGCUGAUAUGACAGAGAGGUCAUUUGAAGAGAAGCACAGCAAUAUCUCAUGCAAGAUAUCAUUCAUUAUGUCUCUACUGGAUAAUCUAAUGCCAGAUGGACAUUCUGUUCUUAUAUUUUCUCAGACACGUAAGAUGCUGAAUCUUAUUCAGGAGUCAAUAUCAGCCAAUGGUUACAACUUUCUGCGCCUUGAUGGUACCACUAAACCUUGUGACAGGAUAAAAAUUGUCAAUGAUUUCCAAGAGGGUAUUGGUGCUCGUAUUUUCCUGUUGACAACUCAAGUUGGAGGUUUGGGCCUUACUCUCACGAGAGCAGACCGUGUGAUAGUUGUGGAUCCAGCAUGGAACCCAAGCACUGACAGUCAAAGUGUGGACAGAGCCUAUCGUAUUGGACAAUUGAAGGAUGUCAUAGUCUACAGGCUGAUGACAUGUGGCUCAGUUGAAGAAAAAAUUUACAAAAAGCAGAUAUUCAAGGGAGGACUAUUUAAAACGGCUACUGAGCACAAAGAGCAAACACGCUACUUUAGUCAACAGGACCUUCGUGAGGUUCUUAGUCUUCCAAAACAAGGUUUUGAUGUUUCCAUAACUCAACAGCAGCUCCAUGAUGAGCAUGACAGCCAACACUCAGUGGACGACUAUCUACAAACUCACAUAAAGUUCCUGGAAUCUCAAGGCAUAGCAGGUGUAAGCUAUCACAGUCUGCUAUUUUCUAAGACAGCGCCUACCCCUCCGGCUGCUGCGGAUGACGAUGAAGUUACCAGAAUAAGGGGAAGUACUACGUAUACAGGCAGAUCUUCAUCUUCUACUGAGCACAACGUUGAUGGGGCUGAGUAUGCAUUUAACCCUAAGGAUGUUAAACUACAGAAACGGAUCUCUUCUUCACCAGUCAGUGCCGGCCAACCAACAGAAGAGGAGUUACUUGACAAAAUUAAUCGACUAUCUCAGAUUUUGGCAAACAGGGUGAUGGUGUCAAGAUUGCCUGAUAAGGGAGAAAGGAUGAAGAAGCAAAUAGCUGAAAUGUACUUUGAGCUUGACCAGAUUCAGAUUGAACAAGAAAAGACGGUGGAAUUUGUUGAUUUGGACGAUAUUUCUGAGAAAUUUGACAAGGAUUUGAAUGUUUAGUAAACUUUUAUUAGUCAGGUGAUGAAGGUUUUUUUGUAGUAUUAUGUUGCUGCUUGUCUUUUGUUUGCCCUCAAAUCAAAAUUAUCUAAGAAUUUUUGCCCCUCGCAAUUAAGUUAUCGUUAUUUA